AUGUAUUUCAGGCUUCACUUGGUGUUUUUAGCCUUCCUGGGACUGAAUGUGUUUGCCGCUCCACUGCCAGAAGGAAACGAUGCACACGUUAGCAAAAGGGGCGCCACGUUGAAUGCCUUCCUGGGAUUUCUGCUAGACAAUCUACCUGUAACCAGCGAGACAAUCACCAAGAGCACUGCUAUCAUUACAAAUCUCAGCAAACUCCUCGGCACUUUGACUGGCGCACAAGACACAUACAACGAAGCCGGAGGGGCCUGCAAAGAAUGGACUGUGGUUUUUGCGCGUGGAACAUCUGAGCCGGGAAAUGUGGGAAUUCUCGUUGGACCGCCCUUGUUUGAUGCUCUAUUGGACAAAUUCGGCGAAUCCAAACUCACAAUCCAGGGAGUUAACAACUAUGCCGCAUCAGUUCAAGGAUAUUUGGCUGGCGGAGAUGCAGCCGGGAGUACAGAAAUGGCGCGGCAAAUCGAGGCAGUGAAAACCAAAUGCCCCAACACCAAACUUAUUGCCUCUGGAUAUUCCCAAGGUUGCCAAAUUGUCCACAAUGCUGUUUCAAAACUUCAAGCUUCAACUGGAAAAUGGAUUAGCAGCGCGUUACUUUUUGGAGAUCCCAAGAAAGGCCAAGCGCUUCCGAAUGUCCCUGCAUCCAAGGUCUACACCGCAUGCCAUGCUGGAGAUGAUAUCUGUAAAAACGGAAUCAUCAUUGGUCCUCCCCACCUGACCUACGCCACAGAUGUGAAAGCUGCCGCCGACUUUGCCGCAAAGGCCGCAUAA